AUGCUAGGCACGUGGAUUUCAACAGUUGCCAGAGGAAUAGUGGUGCUGUGUGUCUCCCUGAAGAUCUUUCUCCCCUAUUUCUGGGCAGACCUGAUCUUUUUCUUGAGAUGGAAGAGGUCAAAGGCAACAGUAAAAAAGUGGGCAAAAAAUGGAAUUCUCUCCAUAACUGACCUUUUCAGGCAGACAGUGGGAAAAAACCCCCACAAGCCAUUCCUUAUCUAUGAAGGGACAGUGUACACUUAUCAGGAUGUGGACAGGAGGAGCAACAGGGUAGCACAGGCCUUCCUGCACUAUGGGAAUCUGAAAAAAGGUGACACUGUGGCCCUGCUGAUGGGUAAUGGACCUGACUUCAUCCAUGUCUGGUUCGGGCUAGCCAAGCUGGGCUUCAUCGUGGCCUUUCUCAACACCAAUAUCCGCUCGAGAUCUCUCCUGCACUGCAUUAACACAUGUGCAGCAAAAGCACUGGUCAUAGGAGAAGAUUGUUUAGGAUCAAUAGAGAAAGAAUUUAUUUUGAAUCUCUUGGAAAAUAAUGUUGCUGUCUGGCUGAUGAGCACCAGCUCUCCUUUCCAGCAUGUUCACACCCUACCAGACAAACUAGACAAGGUGCCUGAUAAUCCUGUUCCAUCUCAUCUUAGAGCUGCCACUGACACAAGAAACACAGCUCUGCAUAUCUUCACAUCAGGAAGCACAGGUUUCCCAAAAGCUGCUAUCAUCUCUCAUCGCAGAACUCUGGCUGCCUCCUUAGCAUUUACUCAGUGUGGUGCGGUUUCUCAGGAUAUUAUUUAUGUCACUCUUCCCUUGUACCACAUCAGUGCUUCUCUUCUUGGCAUCUGUGGAUGCAUUCAAUUAGGAGCGACCUGUGUUUUGAAGAAGAAAUUUUCUGCGAGACAGUUUUGGAAUGACUGUAGGAAAUACAAUGUUACUAUGUUUUUAUACAUAGGAGAACUCUGCCGCUAUCUCUGCAAUCAGCCCUGUAAAGAAGAGGACAGAGUUCAUGAAGUGCGCAUUGCCCUUGGAAAUGGUAUUAGACCUUCUGUAUGGAAAGAAUUUCUGAUGAGGUUUGGCCCAGUUAAAAUAUUUGAAUUCUAUGGGUCCACGGAAGGAAGUCUUGGUUUCCUGAACUACACUAAUAAAAUAGGAGCUGUGGGCCGUGCUGGCAUCUUCUCAAAGUUUCUACAUUCUUUUGAGUUGUUGAAAUAUGAUGUCUGCAAACAAGAACUUAUAAAAGAUGAAAAUGGAAGGGGUAAGAAAGCACCCACAGGUAAACCUGGUCUUCUAGUUUUUCAAGUUACUGAGGAUGGCCCAUUUUCUGGGUAUGUUGGAAAUAAAGAAGCCUCAGAGAAGAAACUGCUGCGUAAUGUGUUUGUGGAAGGAGAUGUGUAUCUUGACACAGGGGAUCUCCUAGUGAUGGAUGAGGAUGGGUUCCUCUACUUCACUGACCGGGUGGGAGACACUUUCAGGUGGAAAGGAGAAAAUGUUGCCACUUUAGAAGUUGCAGAGAUCAUUGGAAUGAUGGAUUUUGUCCAAGAAGUUAACGUUUAUGGUGUAAGCGUAAAAAAUUAUGAAGGAAGAACAGGGAUGGCAGCUAUUGUGCUUAAACAUAACCACAACUUUAAUGGAGAAAGACUUUAUAAGCAUGUUGAGGACUUCCUUCCAAGUUAUGCCCAACCACGCUUUGUGAGAAUCAUGGGUGUUAUGCAAACUACUGCAACUUUCAAGCAUCAGAAAAUGCAUCUGGCAAAUGAAGGAUUUAAUCCAGAAAUUAUAUCAGAACCUCUGUAUUUCAUGUAUGAACCUGCAUGUUCCUAUAUCCCUAUGACAAGAGAGAUAUACCAUAAGGUGGUUUCUGGUGAAAUACGUUUAUAA